AUGUAAAAUGAAUAUGGAUGGAAUUUGCUCCAGCACCCUAUAGUAUUUUAAAUUCAAGCAAACACAACAUCAUUUUCCUUAGUUGAUUUACCUCCUCAAGCUAGAAAAGCAAAGCUCUAUAUAUGUCUAUAGUCUGGGGGUUGUUAAGGAGAUUCAACUGUUACUUGGACUUUAUCAACAAAAGUUGAUAAGAUCAAAAUUUCUGGUCAUCCAUAUGCUUAAAAUGCAUGGACAGUUAAUAGCGAAAAUAUUGCCAUAAGGCUUGAUGAGAAAAAAAUUAUUGAAAUAAGUAGACAGGGAAAUUUUCCUUCAGGCAACUUUUCAAUCGUAAUUGAAGUUUUAGGAUAUAAAUGA